AUGAGUGACGAGACGGACGUGACGGACUUUCUCAAGCGGAUCCGCGAGCUCGGCGAGAAGAAUGACCGAGAAGACGAGAUUCGAGCUCAAAAGCUGGAAAACGAAAUCCAGGAAGGAAAAGAGCGCCGAAGACGAUUGCGGGCCGAACGAUCUCGAUCCACGUCACCUUCCAAGCAGGAAAGAGAUGUUCAGGAUACCAUUAGCGCUUUGGUGGGAGCAGGUAAAGGACGAGAACUAGCUCCAAAGACAUAUGGAGAUUUGAAGGAUGAUGAGAGCGACAGCAGCAAGAACCUCAAGGAGAAGGAAGCUGUCAAACCCCUGGUCCGAUCCAAACCUGCUGCUCGAAAGGUUUCUGAUUCCAAAGCUCUCAAGGACUCCAUUCGAGCCUCAAUUGCCGGAGAUAAGUCAGGAGACAGAAGUACAAGUACAAAGAUUGGAAUGAAGGACUCCAUUCGAGCUUCCAUUGCCGAGGAGAAGGAGGAGAAGAUAGAGAAGCCGGUGCUGAAACAGAAACCUUCUUUCAAAGAGGAAAAGCCUGUGGAGAAGCCAGUACUCCAGCAGAAGCCUUCUUUCAAGGAGGAGAAGGUGGAGAAAGCAACACUUAAUCCCUCUUAUAAGGACGACAGGACCAAGAACGACAAGCAGUUUGGUAAUUCAUUUGGCGAACGGGAUGACCCCUUUGCACCACUGCCUACGGACAAGGCAUCUCCCUACGUGGCCAAACAGUCGCCAACUAUGAACAGAAUCGGGGCUGGUCAUAUGCCUCGAACAAAGCUCGACGACAAACCCAGAGACAUUGCCAUUCCAGGUAUCAUUCAGUCAUCGUCUACCUCCGGUUUGAGAACACAGUCGAUCCACCGAGAAGGGCAGUCGCCCCAGCAUCAGAGCAGAACUCCCCGGGCUCUUCCUGGUAUGGCUGAAUUGGGUAACUCGCGUCACAAUCUGCAUUUGGACGAUACUACGCCCAAGCGGUCUUCCACGACUGUGAGAACCCCCCUGGGCCAAUCUAGUACUCCCCUGGGUCAGACUCGAACACCUACCCUGGGUCAUUCUCCCGACCUGAGAAGAACCCCCACUCUGGCGCAUUCGCCAUCUUCACCCAACCUGUCGCGAUCGCCUCCUCCUUCUCGAGGCAAUUUCAUUCAUUCAGCCCUGAAACGACACGGUACACUGCGUGACUUUAAGCAGGUUGGACACCAACAGCCCGUGGAGGUGGAGAUCAACCCCGAGUUUGAAGCGCUACUUAAGGAGGCCGAUGAAGAGGAGGAGGAGGAGAGAAGAGCUGCGGAGAAGAAGGAGAAGGAGAACGAUCUACGACCUACUCCUUCGGUCAAGAGCAAGCCUUCGGUCGACAAGAUCAGACAGUUGAUGGCUGCCAGGAACUCGCCCAAGCCCAAGUCUGGUUUCGAUGAGCGAGACGAGGAAAAGGAAAUGUCGCGAUCCGACUCUGUGUCUUCCAUUCAGUCAGAGAAAGAUAUUUCUGUGGAGGAGCUCAAGAAGUUCCGACCCCCUCCUCCUGUUUCGAGGUCGUCAGAGACUAGAACUUCGGAGAGUACUACUCCUGAGCCUGUGUCGCGUUCUGACAAAACAGAGAUUCGAAACCGACCCCCUCCUCCUGUUUCGCGAUCCUCCUCCUCUUCUCUGUCUCGAUCUGACUCGAUUCAGCCCGAGAGGGAUAUAUCUUCGUCUGCUGGUCGUCCCAAACCUGCCACCUCGUCAAAGAGUCUCAAGGACAGUAUUCGAGAGUCGUUGCGAGAAAGCAAGCUCACUAAGAGCCCCAAACCGGCCUCUCCCAGUCCUAGAGCUGAGUCUCCAGCAGCGGACGUGACUUCUCCUGCUUCCCCUUCUCUUGCUGACUCAGACACUGUUCCUGAGCUCUCUCCUCUUCGACAUUCUGACUCUCGACGGUUCUCCCCCGUACGGCAGUCUUCGUGGCUUGAAUCUGCGCUCAAGAAGAACCAUAGUCCCGAGCGUAACUCCUCCAUUCGGCUUUCUCGGUCUCCUUCUCCCGUCAAGUCUCCAUUUGGAAGCCGAGAUAGAGACAUGAGAGGGCGAGAAGAGACUCCCCGGGGACGGGAUUUUGGCCGAACCGAAGAUUCGCAGUCUCCCAAGAUUCUGUCCCCCAAGGUUCUCUCGCCGAGCGUUUCUUCUUCAAAACUGGGCUCCCCUUCUGUCGUUUCUCCCCGUGGAAAUGAAGAUGAGGAGCGUCUGGCUCGUCUCAAGGCUCUCAGAAGCUCGUUGAGUGAUAAGAAGCCCGCUCCCAAGCCUGCCACGGAUGAGUCACUGCCUGACUUGGCACGUGUGGGUUCUUUGAAGCCUCCUAAGCCUGCUCCUACGCUUAAGCCCAGCACUUCUGAGAAGGAGCGACUUGCUGAGCUGAAAAACAGCCUGCGAAAGAGUGAACAGAAGAAUUAUGUGGCUCCUGACGUGGUUAAGAACAAUCUGCUGUCUGCGAAGGGCUCUCUCAAGGAGUCCACUGGUCCCCAGUCACUGGAACUCAAGGAUGAGGUUCUAGAGCGUCUGACUGUGGCGCAAAAGAAGCUACGAGAGACUGAGGGACCCAAGAACGCUGAGCUGAAGGAUGAGGUCCAGGAACGGCUGACAGCUGCCCAAAAGAAGCUGCAGAAGACGGAGGGUCCGAAAAAUGCAGAGCUGAAGGACGAGGUGCUGGAGCGCCUGACGAUGGCCCAUGGAUCACUAAGACGGUCUCCCGAGCGAUCUCCUGAACGGUCUCCCGAGCGUCCUCAGCCUGGAAACGCCUCCAACUUCACUUCUGCGCUUGCUAACGCUCUGACCCGAGGCCCCAAUGCUUCGAGUCCAAACCUGGCGUCUUCAAAUGAUUCUGGACGUGGUGCUGAGCGUUCUUUCUCUCUCAGAAAGGCUGCUACUAUUGACUCUUCUGAAAUUGGGCGCAAGAACAAGGGCGAGAAGCUGACUCAUAUGACGAAGGGACGGGCCAAGGGUCCGAAGAGACGGCUCCCUAAGAGCGUUGAGGGCAGCAGUAACGGUAGCAACUCCGGCUCGACGAGCCGACCCGGUUCGACGAGCAGUUCACGACCCGGUUCGACUACGAGCUCACGACCUGGAUCUGCUUUUGGCUCACGACCUGGAUCUUCUUUCGGAUCCCGUUCUGAGACUGGAUCCAGAACAGAUCUCCUGUCUGAAUUUUCCAAGCCCUCAUCUCGGCCCACUUCCACUACGGCGUCUCCUACGGUGAGAUCAGCGCCUAGUUUCCCUCCCCGACCAGAGAAGCCGUCUGAGCUGAACAUUUCCAAGAGAGGAGACAGUGACAAGGACGAUGACAAGGACGCCAAGGAGAAAAAGAAGCCACCGCCAAUUCGGGCAUCCUCUAGAUCCGUCUCCAACAAGAUUCCCCCUCCUAUUCGAAAACCCUCCUCCAGUGUGGCUCGUUAA